UCCCAUCCCGUCCCGUCCCACCGGGCCCUGGGCCACACUUAGUGGCCGGACGAUGAGCAGCUCGGGCCUGCCUUUCGUGGGCCCUAACGUCGGCCCCUCAUUCCCGCCCCGCUACGAGAUGCUGCGGGACGAGCACGAGAUCGCUGUACUGAGCGACGGGAGCAGGCCUGACCCCCGUGGGACCACGGUCCUCAACGUCCAGGCCUUCAGCCCCCCGCCCCCCGACUACCUGACCUGGUCCCUCUUCAACACGCUCUACAUGAACAUCUGCUGCCUCGGCUUCGUCGCCUUCAUCUUCUCCGUGAAGGCGAGAGACCGCAAAGUCCUCGGGGACGUGAGCGGGGCUCACGGCUACGCCUCCACCUCCAGAUGCCUCAACAUCACGGCCCUGGUCCUCAGCCUGGCCUUCUUCAUCCUCAUCGUCGUGCUGGUGGCCACCGGGGUCAUCGUUAGUGACUUCCACAGGGGAUAGAGCCCGGGACCCGGGAUCUCAGACGGUCACGAGUUCUAAUCCCCGUCCCACCCCUCGUCUGGUGCGCGGCCUUGCCUUCGUUCGUUCAGUCAGUCGAUCAAAAUCAAUCAAUCAGUCGUAUUUAUUGAGCGCUUACUAUGUGCAGAGCACUGGACU